GCCUCCCCGUCCAUUCGCGGCAGCCAAUCGGGCUCCCGCGAUCCGGAUGCAGCGGCGACUCCGCUUCCAGCCACGUGGUGCGCCCGAUCCCCUCCUCUCUCUCUCUCGCCAGUUCCCCGCGGCUCCUCCCGACGUUUCCCCUCCGACGCCGCGUCCCAGUGAAGCCGCUUUCCGGGGAGGGUCCGUGCGCGCUUGUGUGCUUGGAUCGGAGCCUUGCGCGCUGCCGUGCGCGCAGCCAGCAGCCUCACCCCCUCGGCUCGGGGGCCCCCGCGUUGGACAUGGUGGGCUUCGCCGUCCCCGCAGAAGUCAGAGUGCUCCUCCUGGACAUCGAAGGCACGACGACACCCAUCGCGUUUGUCAAGGAUACUCUGUUUUCCUACAUCAAAGACAACAUCCGAGAGUACCUUCGUGCGCACUGGGAGGAAGAGGAGUGCCAAGAAGACGUCGGCCUUCUGAGAAAACAGGCUGAAGAAGAUGCCCACAUGGAUGGAGUGGUGCCCAUCCCGCUGGAGACCAGGGAUGGAGAGGAAGAGGUGGAGCGCAUCAUCCAGGCCGUCAUAGACAACGUCCACUGGCAGAUGUCUUUAGACAGGAAGACAACUGCCUUAAAGCAGCUCCAAGGCCACAUAUGGAGGGCAGCGUACGAAAACGGCCGCCUGAAGGGAGAGUUCUUUGAUGAUGUGGUUCCAGCAGUCAGGAAAUGGAGAGAAGCAGGGAUGAAAGUUUACAUCUAUUCCUCUGGGAGUGUUGAGGCGCAAAAGCUCUUUUUUGGGAACUCUACGGAAGGCGAUAUUUGCGAGCUCUUUGAUGGCCACUUUGACACCAAAAUAGGCCCGAAAGUGGACAGCGAGAGUUACCAGAGGAUUGCCGCAAGCAUCGGGUGUUCCACAAGCAACAUACUGUUCUUGACGGAUGUCACUCGGGAGGCAGAUGCCGCAGAAGAAGUCGACGUGCAUGUGGCGAUAGUAGUCCGGCCGGGCAACGCGGGCCUGACAGACGACGAGAAAUCUUAUUAUAGACUCAUAACCUCUUUCAACGAACUCUUCUUGCCGUCCUCCACUUAAAGAAGCAAAUUUCUGCAUUUCUGUUAAGGAAAGAAAGGAUGAUACGGGAGCCUGACCAAAAUCCUCCUUGUACUAUAAUACGGUAGUUUAUUGCUGGUGACAUGAAUUUUGGAAUUGAGAGCAUUGGGAUCCUUGGCCUUCCAGCGACAGGAAUUUGAACCCGGUGUGGUUGAGACAUCUGCUGGUGUUGCAGGCACACCUUGGACCCAGCGGCUGCAAAGCCCUGGUUGUCAGCACAUCCUUGCUUUGGAAUUGCACGUGGAAGUCAUGCAAGCCACCAGGAGGAUGUUGUCCAUGGAAGGCCUUCUUGAGACGAAGGGGGCUGCCUAAGUUUACCCGCAGCCGCCGUUCAUCUCCAGAGGCUCCUGUGUAGGAGAUCCUUGCCGUGGGUUGUGCCCAGCAUGUUUACCUCAGACACACAUUCCCUUAGCUUCAUUCUCUCCUGCAAAUAAUAAACAAGUCUUUUAAGGUUUUUAUGUUCUGCUGUUUUUGGUUUACAAGCAGGGGUGGGGAACAUCAGGAUCAGGGCCAAAUGCAGGCCUCUAUCCCGCCCAUGGGAUUCUCCUCAGGCCACACCCCUUCCUCGGGCCACGCCCUUCCUUGGCCACACCCCUUCCUCGGGCCACACCCCUUCCAGGUUCUGCUCCUCUGGUGCGUUUAUCUAGCUGGAACGUGCCCCAAUCUUGUUUGUCUUAGUGAAGGAUAGAGAGAUUUGGCAAGCAGAGACACAAAAGCCCCGAGUUUUGCAUGCUGGAAUGUAGCCUGCUAUGCAAAGAUCGCAUUAUCUGCUCUGCUUAAGAGUUAACUAAUGCGCUGAGGAAAUAAGGUACUGAGAGGAUGCAGCGUGAACUGACUUGCAGACCAAAAUCUGUAAACACUUUUGAAGGCCUUCCCAGGCGAAGCUUUCUGUGCCAAGGUGGUGCGAUAUUUUGCCCACCCCAGUCCCAGCGUGUUUUGGGAAAUCUGUACAACGUUAGCAUAGCUAAUGUAUAGAUUGGCGGGGGAGGGAAGGAUUGUAUUUUCCCUUUACUGUGGGCAAACACAAUCUCUCCCCUUCAGCUACUGAUAGGUUGAGUGUUUUGUGCAUUGCAGCUGCAAUCAAUUGGACAGUACCUGUGACGUCGAUGCCACAAAUCACACCAAUCAUUUCUCCCUUUACUUGUACCAUUUUGUGGCUGUUGAAUUCCCAAAAUGUCAUCUUUUUUUCCCCCCAGACGUUUCACCCCACUGACCCCUUUCAAAGUCUGCAUGGUUUUUUUGGGUCUCCAAGACAGGAGUGUGUAUCGCCUCAAAUUCAGUGUGCAGCUGUGCCUUGGCAUACAGCUGUUUCCAAGCUGCUCCUUCCCCUUUCCGUUCUGCGUGGAAGAGAUACAACUUCAUCCACACCGGACAGGGCGAAUGCUGAGAGAAAGCAGUGUCGUUUUCCACACAAGCAACUACUUCCUUGCUUGUAAGUAAAUACUAUUGCAAGGCACUGUAACCAGGGCAUUGUCUUCAAGGCAUAUUUUGCAGCAGUCUUGGCCAGUACUGAGCAGCUCUGUGACUGGCCAGGACCUAGAUGGCUGAUGGCCUGGAACACUUAUGUCUUAAGAUAGGCAGAAUGCAGAAUAUAACAGACCACAUCCUCAUUGUAAAUUUCAAACACUGUGAUACAACUUGGUAGUGGCUCCUCAUCGCCACCCAAAACCAUCAGAAGUGCGGUUUGUUAAUGGUGCUGAGAGUUUUCAGGAGAACCCAUAUCACCUCACAGAGCGACAAUUCCCAGAAUUUCUUGGAAAGGGGGGUUGAUAAACAAUUCUGGGAACUGUAGCACCGUAUGAUUGUUAAAGGGGUAUGAUACUGCUUUAAUAGUAUUGUGCAGAUGUGGCCAUAAGUAUAGCAAGUUACAUUCACAUUAUGUUGUAGGACCAGGGGGUGGGCAGGCUUUGUCCUAGGGAAAAGUCCUGCCCUAUGCAGAAGCCCAGAACAAGGCUUUGACCUCUUCUGCGGCCUCUUCAGGGAUAAAGGGCUGUUAGAAACAGUGCACAUGAAUAUGUAUCCACCCUGCUGCGUAAGGAUCCCAGUUCUCACUACAACCUUUGCAUGCUGGGAAACAAAAUAUUUCCAAUGAAAUCCAUUUGAGCAAUAAAGCUUCUUCCUUGAGUAGCGAUGGGAGGCGUCCCUUUUGCUGCAGAUCUAUUCAAUGUCCGUGUGAUUGUCGCCUUGUAAUGCAUGUGUUGUCUUUAAACAAAUCUGUGGCCGAAAUGGAAGACCAGCAGCCAUGGCCCCUCUGUCUGAACUGGCUUCACUUCCGCCCAAGCACUUGUGGUAAAUAAAGGUUUGUCUUUAGUGUU